AUGAGUAGAAAAGACUGGCGUUCAGAUCGACCAUUCAAGAUUUUACUACUCGGUGAUAGUGCUGUUGGCAAAACAAGUUUAAUGUUUCGAUUUGCAGACAAUAAAUUCACUCAAUCAUUCACACCUACGAUCGGCAUUGAUUUCAAAUUGAAAACGAUUUAUGUAAGAGAUAAACCAGUCGAUCUUCAACUCUGGGACACAGCCGGUCAGGAAAAGUUUUUCAGUAUUGUUCGAGCGUACUACCAUAACGCGGACGCUGUUAUUCUCGUUUAUGAUCGUACCAAUGCGAGUUCGUUUCAAAAUGUUGCGCGCUGGAUGAAAACUAUUGAGGAAAAUGCUCCCGAUGACGUCUUUCGUGUCCUCGUAGCCAAUAAAUGUGAUCUUCAUGAUUCUUUGGCAGUCUCGAAUGAACAUGGAAGACGACUAGCCAACCAAUAUCAUGUUGACUACUUCGAGACAAGUGUCAAAUCAGAUCCACAGGAAAGCAUUUCUCGAUUGUUUUAUUAUAUAGCGGAAAAGCUAGUCGAAAGAAGACGACCAACACCGCCUUUACCUCUAGAUCCUCAACCUGAAAAAUUGUAUGAUAAGUUAACCUACUGCUGCUAA